UCAGCUCAGAUAUCUGGAGCUAAUAACAAGGCUUGUGGUUAUUAGUAGUGGGGUUUUGUUAAUGUAUCCCUUAAUGUGUGCGGAAUUGUUACUUGUGAUUCAAUUGCAUAAAGAAGAACAAUGAUAAUUUGUCAAAUUCAUAUAAUCAAGAUCUGUGACAGGAUGCUUGAUAUGGUCCUUGUUUUAAGGUAUUAUAUCUUGAAUUGGAUACCAGUUUACCAAAGAUUUUGAAAUAAGGUCUUCUGACUUACACAUAGUCAAGGUAAAGAGCUAUUAACAAAAAUUUGACAAUAUGAACUUAUGAACAUUUGGUGAUUAGGAUAAGUUCUUGAGUUUUCAGCACAGAAUCAAAUCACUCUAUAGACAGACACACAAAAAGUGAGAGCUAUAAGACAACUUUGCAUAUUAAAUCUUACAUCAACUAUGGAAAUAGAUGCUAUAUCCAAUGCAAUUGGGUACAACAGGGAUAUACCUACCAGUCCUCCACCAAUAAUGCCAAGGAGAUGAAUUCUAUAAGGGAAAUGUGUUCUUUAUUAUGUAUAAAUUAACUGCUUGAUUUGUUUUAUUUACUCAGUAUGCUGGAUGACUUUGAUGCACAGAUCCGACCACAUAAUGCAAUUUAAUUGUUAAUCCUUAUACAGAGACAACUUUCUCACUAGCACAAAUAUUUCAAUUAGAUGCACUCGGGAAUUUUCUCUUCAUGUUUCUGACAUUCCCUGGUUUUCAAGAAGUGCAUUGCUGGAACUGUGGAACACCGUGUCUUCUAUUGACUUUCCUAAGACACUUGUUAAUAACUUGUUUUUUUAUGCAGAAUAAAAAAUGGCUUCAUCUUCUAUUGAUAAUACGAACUUAAGAUUGAAGCCAAGGUUUUGUAAUUGUGGAAGAAUAGCUUCCGUGCGUAUUGUACAAACCAAUGCGAAUGGAAAUGAAGGUCGUGUAUAUUUUGUUUGCCCAAGAAAAUAUACUUCGAACAACCACUGCAAUUGUUUCAAGUGGUUCACAAAUGAUGACGACGACGACGACGACAUUACCUCAUCAAUCCGUGCCAAUGCUGGACCUCGGACAGAUUCAAGAACAGAAGAAAUGAAUGAUGUAAGGACAAGGCUUGGUGAGCAUGAUAGAAGGCUUCAAAGGAUUGAGAAGAUAUUGAAGGCAAUGACUUAUGUCAUUGUAUUUUGUGUAUUUUUGUACUUUAUCAUGUAAAUGACUCAGUUCUUAGGUUUUGGAGCAUGCUAUGAAUGUAAUCUACUUUUGUACUUGUUUUGUAAUUUUUUUUUUGGUGCUUAAAAAUCUGAAAGUUUGUAAAAACAAGUGUGUAACAGCUUUAUUUGAGAUGAAAUGUUGA